GUUUGCAUUCGGCAUUGUCUAAGUCUAACUGAACUUGUGGACUUGGGGUGAGAUGGCCAUCCCCUUUCCUUUAGAAAUGAAUUCUGAAAGGCUUUCCAUUCUGGAUUUGCGUGGAGGUGGAAGAAUUCAAAAUGCUACUCCACGUCGGGUGGAAUGAAAGUCAUCAACCUUUUAUUAUGAUGAUGCUUUUUUGAAUCAAACUCAAUUUAAAUCUUUUCAGAUAAUUGUUCGGUUUUGGAGGGUCUAAGAAGAGAUGUAGUGUAAUCCUUUAGAGUUUAGAAUAUAAAAUAGAAUAAAUUCCACAAAUAUUGUUGUUGAGAAAGUCGUGGACAAAAAUGUGGAAUGAUAACUAAAGACUAUAAUUGUGUUUAAAGUUAUUAUGAUGUAAUGUAGUGACUAUAAUGUAAAUUUUGAACAUAAUUAUAGUCACUAGAAUUACUAAAUCACAAUUCAUCCAUCACUCAGCCAUGGCUGGACUCUACUAUUGAAGGAGUAUUGCUGUUUUGAACGCACAGAGAGUUGUUUCAGACAGAAUAAAUGUGUCAAUGAGUGGCCAAGAGAGCAGAGGACUAUGGGGCUCGUUAGAGCUAAGAUGUUUAUCUAUUCUCCAGCAGAAGAACAACACCAGGGCGACUCUCCUCCAAAUUUUCACCUUCAUGUUACGAAACUCAUUGGAGACCAACAUCAACCUCAUCACCAAUCUAAUCACCGCCUUCUCCUCUGCCGACCCAAUCGCCGGGAUCCACCACUCGCGCCGCUUGUUCGACGUCAUUCCCAGCAAAGAUGACAGAUUUCUAUGCAACACUAUGAUAAAAUCAUAUCUUGAUUCGGGACACGUGGUGGAUGCAAUGAUUUUGUACCGGGAUUUGAUGGGGAACACGGGUUUUAAGCCCGACAACUACACCUUCUCCAGCUUGGCGAAGUGUUGUUCUUUGAGAGUAGCCUUCUGGGAUGGCCUGGUUGUACACAACCAUGCAUUGAAAAGUGGGACUGUCUCGAAUUUGUACGUAGCAACAUCUCUAGUUGACAUGUAUGGGAAGCUUGGGUGUAUCUGUCUUGCGCAGAAGGUGUUCGAUGAAAUGACUCAAUGGAGUCCUAUUUCCUGGACCGCUCUCAUUGGAGGGUACAUAAAGUCUGGGGAUAUGGACACCGCAAAGAGGCUCUUCUAUUUAAACCCAGAGAAAGACACUGCGGCUUUUAAUAUGAUGAUUGAUGCUUUUGUGAAGCGGGGAGAUAUGGAAUCAGCAGAGACCUUGUUUUCUGAAAUGCAAUCAAGAAACGUGGUGACCUGGACUAGUAUGCUUGACGGCUAUUGCACUAUGGGUAGUCUUACGGAAGCACGGCGGCUAUUUGAUAUGAUGCCAGAGAGGAAUAUAUGUUCAUGGAAUGCAAUGAUUGGCGGAUACAGUCAAAACAAGCAACCACAUGAGGCUUUAAAGUUGUUCCAUGAGUUGAGAACAAGGACUAGUUUGGAGAUGACUGAUGUCACGGUCGUUAGUGUACUUCCAGCCAUUGCUGAACUGGGUGCUUUAGAUUUGGGCAUCUCUGUCCACCACUUAGUGAAGACGAAGAAACUGGACAGAAGAAAUCUUAACGUUUCCACUGCACUGGUUGAUAUGUAUGCCAAAUGCGGCGAAAUAGGAAAAGCCACAAGAUUUUUUUAUGGAAUGGGGAUUGUUAAAGAUGCAUCCACUUGGAAUGCAAUGUUAAAUGGAUUGGCAGUGAACGGCUGUGCUAAGAAAGCAUUAGAUGUAUUUGAACAAAUGACGAGUAGUGGGUGCAAACCGAAUAGCAUAACCAUGCUAGCCGUUUUGUCAGCUUGCAACCAUGGAGGUUUAGUUGAAGAAGGGAAGAGAUGGUUCAAAGAAAUGGAGAAAUAUGGGGUCACUCCCAAGAUCGAACAUUAUGGGUGUUUGGUUGAUCUUUUGGGAAGGUCGGGACGUUUGGAAGAAGCUGAAAGAUUGAUUGAGUGCAUGCCAUACGAGGCUAAUGGGAUAAUACUGAGUUCUUUUCUAUUCGCGUGUGGAUACGCUAAAGAUGUGAGGAGGGCAGAGAAGGUGAAAGAUAAGGCGAUUGAGAUGGAGCCAUGGAAUGAUGGUAUCUAUGUGAUGUUGAGGAAUUUGUAUGCGAGAGAGAGACGAUGGACAGAUGUUAAAGAAAUGAAGGGAUUGCUGAGGGAAAGCGGGGCAAAGAAAGAGGCAGGUUGCAGUUCGAUUGAAGUUGAGGGUAAGGUUUGGGAAUUUGUAGCUGGUGGUAAGAUGAAUCCUCAUUGGGGGGAGAUUUAUUUACUAUUAGAGGAUUUGCUGAUUUACAUGAAGAUGCAUGACAGAGCUACUUAUGCAGACCCAACUCUAUUUUCUUGACUGAAAAUUAUUAUAUUUCCUCCAUUUUCACCAUGAACAAACAGCCAAGGUUCAACUUUCAUCAUAUGUAGAACUUCAACCACACCCCCACUGGAAAAUACAAACUUUUUCUUGUCUUAUCUGUCACCAUGGCACAAAAAGACAAAUCUCUAGCUUGGGGGGCCACACUCUGUUUAACAAGCAGUGCAGGAAAAUGGUUUAGUGACUCCUUAUAUGGCAGGACAAGGAUCCGGCGCGUGCCCACAAGUUGCCACCUCAUCUCCGAAGCCACACUGCGACUGUCGUGGUCGGUACUGUAUUCCAUGGUACAAUUUGUCACUCAAGAACCAAUCGAGCUUCACAGGAAAAUGUGAAGGAGAUAUAGUCGUACUCGGCAGUUAAAUCCUACUUGUUUUGGUUCCCCAUCCAUGGAAAAGAUGGUUGAUAGUUGAUACUCAUACUUAAACCAGAAAUGAUUGUAUAAAGAUAUAUGUCAAAAUCUGUAACUCGACCGUAAGUCUCACUAAUCAGCCGUGGAACCAGACAAUAAUUUGAAGUGUGCUCUUAUAUUUUUUUUUGAAAAAUAACUUUUUAUUAGGAUAAAAAAACGAGUGAAAAAUAAUUAUUAGAUACAUAUAGAGUGAGGUUCUAAUAAAAAGAGUUAUUCCCGUGAAAAAUGAGAACGGGCGCACUUUUUACUCGUUUUGGUACACUAGUAGAUAUUUAUUUUACACUUUUUCACAAUGAGAGAAAAUUUUGAUUUAUU